AUGUAUGCGUUCUUGUGUUUUUAUUUGGUUUUGAUCUGAUUCAACAAAUAAGGGUUCAGCAAAUGUUUGAAGUUCAUGGUUCAGUUCAAGUCCCUUUUGAGAGCGCAGAAAGAGAAGGUUUCUAGGACCCAGCUAGUUUGGUCUUCUUCAGGCUCUUCAGAGUGAUUACAGGGUGGGAGGUAGGAUUCUGGGUUUAGUGGUAUGUAUGAAUGAGAGGGAGAGAGAAAAUCUGAACUGAAAAGACUUGUGGUAGAAUAGCUCUGCCGUCGCCAGGCAACUGACCUGACGCAACCAAAAAAAAAAAGUCCCAAAAAAAAAAAAAAAAAAAAAAAAAAGAAUAGCACCGCGAAUUCACAAGAGUAUGGGAGAAAAGGGAGGGAGUGAGAGGGAGAGGGAGAGGCAGCUACUGAGACAGUAACCAAGAGGCUAGGAAGCAAGUAAAACCACACCACAAAUAACAAGUUGGUUGUAUGGAGGAAGAAGACUGAGAAAAUAUGCCUCUGGAAUAUUAAACGGGAUGGCCUCAUCUCUGUGUGUGUGUGUGUAUGUAUGCGAGCCCCGGGCACUCUGAUAUGUGGAUGUGUACAGCAGACAGAGGAGCAGGACCUGAGACUUCUGCUGCCACUGGCAUUUGAAGGACCUUGAUCCCUCCUCCGGGGGCCAACAAUAAUCCAGUCCUGUGGAUCCUCUACACUAUUAUCUAGGCAAUGAUCUCAAGAGCCUGGGGCUGAGGAAGAAGAAGAAGAGAAAGAGAGGAAUUGCAUUGUGUUGCCAGUUACACUUGAUGCUUUGGGGAAACAGGAGGUUGUAGGAUGACUACACCCCAGAUUCAUAUAGAAGAAGUGGUAGGUGGAGAAGGAGGAUUCUUAGGGGCAACCCCACCUCCUGAUGACCACCUUCUGAGCCUGAAGGUCCUCACAGAGAAACUGAGGCUUCAGACACGGAGGCCUUCCUACCUGGAAUGGCAAGCCAAGCUGGAGGAGCAGACGUGGAAUUUCCCCAAGUCUAAUGAUGAGCAGGAGGGAAAAGAAUCAAGGAAAUCCACUGAAGAGGAGUUGCCUCCGCUAAGGAAGCUGCAACAACAGUCACAUGGGAAUAACAGCCAGGAUCAGUCACCUCUGACUACUAGAAAACUGGAUAGCUUUGAAAGUAUUGAUGAAGCUUUGCAUUGGCUAAGGAAGGAACUGGCAGAGAUGCGAUUGCAAGAUCAGCAGUUGGCCCGACAGCUGAUGCGCCUCCGCAGUGACAUCAACAAGCUGAAGAUAGAGCAAACCUGCCACCUCCACCGGAGGAUGCUCAAUGAUGCUACUUAUGAGCUGGAGGAGCGAGAUGAGCUGUCUGACCUCUUCUGUGACUCCCCCUUGGCCUCCUCCUUCAGCCUUUCCACCCCUCUUAAGGUCAUUGGAGUGACCAAAAUGAACAUCAACACGCGCAGGUUCUCCCUCUGCUGAAGGAGAAUGAGAUGUGGAGAUCACCAAAAGGGGAGUGGUGCAGUAAAGGGUUGGCAGGAAGAUACACAAGUUCAGAUGCCCAUCAGCAGUGGGACAAGUUCCAGGUGGAGGUGGAGAGGUUCCUGAGCAUGGGGCUGAGUUUCCCUGAGGAUCUUGCAGGUCUUGGCUGGGAUGACUUGGAUCCACCAGAACUAAGGAACUAGAACUUUCAGACAGAUGUUAUUGGGAUCAUAGAAGCCUUCAAGACUUCUUAUCUGCUUAAUAUCUGAGUGAUCCUUCUAUAAAGCUGUUUUACUAGUGAUAGUGCUGUAAGAGAUUGGUUCCUUCCAACCUCCUAGUCGAGCCUUCCCUCCAUUCCAUGCCCAUGUGCCUGUGAACACAAAUCACUGGUGCUAUGACCAGGGCUGCCAAAGGGAGGAAAAAGUCCCUCUGCCCCAGGCACUGUGGCCCUACCCUUAUUGCCAAAGGAUCUCCAUGGGUAUCAGAUAUAAUGAACCCCUAAAGUAUAGGGAGGUGAUUCUUAUGCUCAGUGUACCCAUCUCAGUGUCAAUGUCCCUUCAGUGUUGAUCUUAAAGUCUCCAUGUAUUCUAAUCUAAUCAAAUCAAGAAGCAUUUAUUAAUGCUGUGGUAGGCACUGUGUAUACAAAGAGAAAAAAGUGUUCUUCCCCAAGGAGUGCAUUUUUCUGAGUGAGUGAUAGGGCUCUACUACUUAUACAGUUAGGUAGCAGAUACACUUUUACAUAGGCCUUCUUGGAAAAGGAACUCCUAGAACCAACAGCUAGGAUCGUGUGUUCCUGGGUGCUGACACUAUAACACAAGAGUAAGAUCCUUUUGGCAAAGCUAGUCAAAACUUUUGCCAGUUUUUGAUUCAAGUUCUUAGGUAGCAGUGGAAAGAGAUACCAUUUCUGCUACAUAGUCUGAUGGUCCUUCUCUAAUGUAAUACAUUAGAGAUAGAUGUUGAACUUAGGUUUUACUGUCAUUAAGCAGAAAAUACCCAAGAGAACCUCCAAAGAGGCCGUAUAUUGUUGUUCUCAUUUAUUUAUUACUCCCCCUCAUGCCCAAAGGGGCACAUGAAGACCACAGUGGGUUGAAUUCAAUUUUUCCCUUUAGGGUACCCAUAGAGUUACCUGGUGAGUGCCAGAAAAUGCCUCUUCACUGAGCUUGGUCAUACCACCUCCCUAACUUUAUUUCCAUUUUUACUGCCUUCCACAAAGACAAUCAAAAUCAGCUAUCACCAAGUCUAUGUAUCCAACCAGUUUCCCAAUCUGAUUGAAUUAAACAGUUACUUAUAAUAGCAGGUAACUGAUUAGUUCUAUCCAAAGGGAGGAACUAGUUGAUUGUGAUAGAGCUCUGGUACUAGAAGAAAUGCUUUCUGUUUUCAUAGAACCAUCUCCACUGGUACUGUAAAGGCCAAUAUCUGAGAGAACUGAGACUCAAAAAAUAAAACAAAAACAAAAACAAAAAAACCCCAAACAGCAGAACAUUUGUCGCAAUGUCCCCAAAUCAGCAAUAAUUAAAUUAUAAGAACAUUAACUUCAGAACUAGAAAAGACCAAUAAUAUCAUCUUGUCCAAUUCCUUUAUUUUGAAGGCUCUGCACAUAUAACUUAUUCAAAGUCAUAAAGUUACUUAACAAUAUAACUCUCCACUUUUGCUUUAACCCAGUUUCCUCACAUUUCCUGUGCAAUCCAGCUCAGCUGAUUUCCCAGACCUGCCUCCUUCACUGUAUACUCCUCUUUUUUGAAUUUAAAAUGUUUUGCCCAACCCCAGAUGGUUUCUGGACAGCAGAGAGCAUAUAGAUUAAUAUUUCUACUCUUUAAGCACAACAUUCCACUGCUCUUUUUUUCCUUUAAGGUUCCAUGGGGCUUAGUCAACACACUUUUAAGAGUUUUUAUUCUAUUUUCUGAUUUCUCCCUAAUCCCUGAGCACAACUCUAAUAAAAACAAAAAACACCCACACAUUACAGAUAAGAGCCUAGGCUAUAAAAAUAUCCUGUAUGUGAAAAUGUGCACAUAAGCAAUUAAGUCACUGGAAUAUAUAAGUAAGGAAAAGAGCAAAGAGGAGAAAUAUGAAGCUUUUUGAGGGAAAUCAAUAACUCAUAGUAGGUGAACAAUAACUUGAACUGCUUCUGGACUUUUGUAGGUGGCCAAAGAAUGUAAUUAUUUCUGUCAUCUGGAGCAGGUGGCAGAAGGACAAGACCAUGAUCUAAGAUAAACUUACCCAGAGCUUUGAUUUCCAGCUUCUGAUCUGAAAAGAAAAGGAAGUUAAUCGCACAACUACAUCCUUGUGAAGUUGGUACUGGGCUCCUGCACUAAAUACAUCUUGUAGAAGCUGGAGACUAUCACCUUAAUAAUGAUUUCAAUGUUUACCUAGAAACACCAAUGUACUCUAAAGAGGCACUCCUGAGCUUCUUGGAGAAAGAGGCCUUUAAUGCUAUGAGGAAAUGCAGUGUUAGGAUGAAUAGAAAUCUAAUUUAUUAUGAGAUAGAGAAGAUACUCUUUUCCCCAUAUAUACAGAGGCAUGUACAAAUGGUCCAUGUCUCUCACACAGAAACUAGAUACCCAAGCACUCAAAAUAUACUCACACACUUCAAACAUAUGUUUAAUCAGAUCAAUUUUAGACCUAAUUUAGGUCUAAAUUAGGGAUGGGAAUUUAGAUGGGAACUGACCAACUUAAAGUGCACUCCCAAUUUUGGCCCAAGUACAUAAUCUGAGCAAUCAAUAGGAUCAAUAAGAUAGCUAAUGGAAAAAUUGGCCCUUUAGUUGGAAAAACAUGAUUUGACCCAUUAGUUGAUUUAAUACAUUCACUUAUUUAAUUCACAGUUAUUGAGUGUGUGGAACUAUUUUAGACAGAGAGAGGGCUACACUGAUAAAUAUAAUAUAGAUGUCCCACUCUUCCUUUCCUCAAGAUUUUAUGAUCUAAUAUACGAAUAUUUAUAGUCAAAGGAAAAGUGCAUAGAAGAGGCUUGUAUAAAGUCUCUUGGCUUUAUGAGAUAAUGAGACUAUAGAGGGGGAAAAAAGCAGUUUCUGACAUGUGGCUGCAAGCUUUCUCAUAGUCUCCAUUUUCUAGGAGUGAUUCUUUUCAACUUGUAAUGCAUUCCCAUCACUUUUCCUGUGUCAGUCACAGCUUUGUGUUGAGAGUUCCUUUGUAGAUUGGUCCUGCCUUAGGCAAAUUAUUGCACAGAUAAACUCUAUCUCCUUUCCCCUCCCCAUUCUCAACACAAAUUUAAUCAUUCAAGGUAGGCCUUAACCUUCUCUGCCAACAGACUCACCAGAUUUAUAAUGGGUAGCAACUGGUCCAAUGUGUGUAUUAUGUCUCCUGCUUGCAUUGUUUUCUUAAUCUGUCCUGUGCCAAGCAUCUUUUAAGUAUGACAUGCAGCAGACAUAUCGUCUAAGUAACAUUGUCUAAUGGCUUUGUAUUUACAGUAGCCAAUCAUAGUGGUCUGUUGACCCUCAGAUAUCCUGACAGUUUUGGAUCUCCUCACAUGUAUCUCCUAGCAAUACCAAGUGCUAUUACAUAGCUGACAAUUUCUAAUUUUAUUUUUUUGAUUAUUUGUUUCUAUAUUGCUGUUAGAAAAAGCAAAAUAAAAAAAUAAAAUGAUGUGCAUUUUAGAAGACAA